AUGACAGACCAACCAAUGAACGUCCUAAUAACAGGAGCCAGCCGUGGCAUCGGACGAGCCGCUGCCAAACUCGCAGGAGCACGAGGAUGGAAUGUAGGUGUCAACUAUGCCUCCAACGCCGAAGCAGCGAGAACAACUGUAUCGGAAGUCGAAAAGGCAGGUGGCAAAGCCUUAGCAAUCCAAGGCGACGUCUCACGAGAACAAGAUGUCAUCAAUAUGUUCGAUACCGUGGAAAAGCAUUUCGGCCCUCUUAAUGGCGUGGUUAUAAACGCGGGGAUCACAGCGAAAAGUAUGCCUCUGGCCGACAUGCCAGUGGAGAGAUUGAAAUCUAUCUUCGACACGAAUGUUCUGGGCUCCUACCUCUGUGCCCGGGAAUCUGCUCGUCGUCUCCCCGCCGCCGCUACCAGGGAGAAGACGGCAAGUAUCGUCAUCGUUUCCUCCGCCGCCGCUCGUCUGGGCUCUCCGAACGAGUUUGUGGAUUAUGCCGGUUCGAAGGGGGCGAUGGAUACCUUGACCGUUGGGUUGAGUAAGGAACUCGGACCCAAGAAUGUGAGGGUUAAUGCUGUGAGGCCCGGGAUUAUUGAUACGGAGAUUCAUGCUUCGGGGGGUGAUGCGGGACGGCUUGAGAGGUUGGGGGGGUUGGCGCCAAUGGGGAGGCCGGGGAGUGCGGAGGAGGUGGGGGAGGCGAUUGUGUGGUUGCUUGGGGGAAAGGCGAGUUAUGUUACGGGGACUAUUGUUGAUGUUACCGGUGGACGAUGA